AAUAAAGUUAGAGAAAAAGUGUUCCAGGAAGUGACGUAUAUAACUCGCUGAGUAUAAUGGCGCCUCUAGAUUUAGAUAAAUAUGCAGAGAUCGCAAAACAGUGUAAAUACCUCCCAGAAAACGACCUUAAGAGAUUAUGUGACUAUGUGUGUGAUCUUCUGCUGGAGGAGUCCAAUGUGCAGCCCGUUUCUACUCCUGUAACAGUGUGUGGGGACAUACAUGGACAGUUUUAUGAUCUUUGUGAACUCUUCCGAACUGGUGGCCAGGUUCCAGACACAAAUUACAUCUUCAUGGGCGACUUUGUUGACCGAGGGUAUUACAGCUUGGAGACGUUCACCUACCUGCUAGUGCUGAAAGCCAAAUGGCCUGACCGCAUCACUCUUCUACGUGGAAACCAUGAGAGCAGGCAGAUCACCCAAGUUUAUGGCUUUUAUGAUGAGUGCCAGACUAAGUAUGGGAAUGCAAAUGCCUGGCGUUAUUGCACCAAAGUCUUCGACAUGUUAACCGUUGCAGCUCUGAUGGACGAGCAAAUCCUGUGCGUCCAUGGAGGCCUGUCUCCAGACAUAAAGACCCUAGACCAAAUUCGAACCAUUGAGCGGAACCAGGAAAUCCCCCACAAAGGAGCAUUUUGUGAUUUGGUGUGGUCAGACCCUGAAGAUGUGGACACCUGGGCCAUCAGCCCCAGAGGAGCUGGUUGGCUUUUUGGGGCCAAGGUCACAAAUGAGUUUGUCCACAUCAACAACCUCAGGCUGAUCUGCAGGGCUCAUCAACUUGUCCACGAAGGGUACAAGUUCAUGUUUGACGAGAAGCUGGUGACCGUGUGGUCAGCUCCCAACUACUGCUAUCGCUGUGGCAACAUUGCCUCCAUCAUGGUCUUCAAAGAUGCUAACACAAGAGAGCCAAAGCUCUUCAGAGCAGUGCCUGACUCUGAAAGAGUCAUCCCGCCCCGAACAACAACACCUUAUUUCCUGUAAGCGGGUUAAAGCUCAAACACACAGCCAUUUGUGCGUUGCACAAUGCUGACUGGGACAGUGGUAUCAGCACUUGAGAACCCAUAUACAUUUAGUACAUUUAGAGUAUCUAGAGUGCAUUUUUGGUGCCAACUGUCAAUUGCUACUCCCACUUUGUGCAUUUAAUGCCAUUAUUCUGCAGCUUAAAUCAUUACAGCAAAGGUGGCUUGCUGAGCUGCGUUGUACUGCUAUUGUAUUAGAGGAAGGAUGGAAGUCAGCUGACCCCUGUCAAAUGUUCAUAUUUAUAAAUCAACAUGAAAGUUCACUGCUGGGCAAACUGCGCAUGCAGUGUUCGAAAGACUCUUCUAUUUUAUUUUCUUAUGUAUUACAGCUGCGUGUAAGAGGAAAAAGCACUGCACAAAAGGAAAUGUUGCAUCUAGUAUAACAUAUUUCAAGAUGUACACACCUCGUGAUCUGUAAAAUGAAUAAAUAUGUAAACCUCAGAGUUCAUGUGUGAAAUAAAAUGUAUUCUUUCCCAUUUUGUUGGAAAUAUUAGUAUUGUUAAACCUAUGGUACCCAAAAGAUUCUCUGUAACUUUCCACAAUUUACUCUUGUAAUUAUAAUUUUUG